CACACCUCAAUUGCAUUUACGAGCACUCACAGAAAUGGCGUCUGCUCUCUGGUCCCGUCUGCUGCACAUGUUUAGUUCUUACUGAUUGCAGUGUGCAUCUGAAACAAUAUUUCGCAUUAUUGUUUGACUCGAAUCACAAAACUGUUGUGCAACAUUUGUGUUUUCUGAACAGUCGUUUCUGUCAUUUAUCUUUUUUUCUUGUAUUUAAAUUGGUAUUUAAAAUUUGAUAGAUGGUUAUUACAUCUACUUUAAAUUUUCUUUUACAAUUGUAUUUGUGAAAUUUUGCAUUGAAUUAACUUUUAGUUUGUAUAAGUUUUUCAAAUAUCAAGAUGACGUCAAUGUUCGAUCAGUACGAGCAAGCUUCUCAGCGCUCCAAGCAAGUGCUUGCUCCACCAAUUCGUCCAGAUAUUAGCACAGCGGGCUUUAUUCAAAUGAAGCUGCAAGAUGACGGGCCGAUAUUUACCAAGCAGAAAGUCAACUUCUUACCGUCGGAUAGAAUUCUUCACCUGGUUGUCAGUAGCAAUACAAUUGUAAUUGCUAUGGCCAACAACAUUUUGUUGCGUAUCGAUAUGAAGCAGCCUGAGAAGACUGAAGAAAUUGAUAUAUCCAAAUACGCAUUGAGUAUGAAAAUGUCCGGCUUGUUUCUGGAUCCACUGGGUCAUCAUUUGCUGAUAACUUUGGUGCCCAAACACGGGGAUAAUCCUCCUCCGGAAUUAUACUAUUUACACAGAAAGACAACAAAGCUCAAACAAGCCGGCAAGUUCAAAGGUCAUGAAAUUACUGCUGUGGGUUGGAAUUUUUCGAAUACCUCAGAAACUUCCUCCGGUCCCAUUCUACUCGGGACCUCCAAGGGUUUGAUAUUUGAAACAGAAAUUGGACUGGAAACUGACAAGAUUUUUAACACAAGUCUGGAGCAGUAUUGGCGUCAGGUAUUCGACAUUGGAAAAAAUAGCAAACCUCCAAUAACUGGAAUAGAGUUCCACAAAAUACCGAAUUCUGAUAAAUACAUGAUCAUUGUGACAACUCUCAUGCGCAUUUAUCAGUACAUCGGUGUCGUUAGCAAUCCCGAAGAGAAACCUCUUUUGCAGCAAGUGUUCUAUAGAUAUUUGAAUGCGCAAGAGAGCUUUAGUGAAGUGAUAAGUUCUCUGCCGUAUUCAAAAAUGCAAUUUUAUUAUCCAUCUCUGGGUGCUGUGCCGAAAUCAUUCGGAUGGUUAACGGAAACUGGUAUUUUAUACGCCGAGGUUGAUGCAAAACCAGAUACAAACAACGUGCUGGUAAAUCAGCAGAUGUUAACAUGUCCGGAAAUGAGUCUUAUGAGCAGCAACAUUCCAAAAACGACAUCGACGCCUUUAUCUUUUGUAUUGACGGAAUUUCAUGCAUUGCUGUUAUAUCCAGAUCAUGUAAAAGGCAUGUCGCUCCUAAACCAGGAGUUGAUAUUUGAAGACGUUUAUAAUGAUGCAGUUGGUAAAUUAAUUGGCAUCACCAAAGAUCCCGCAACACGAUCGAUCUGGGCUUAUAGCGAGCGGGCCGUUUUCAAGUAUAAAGUAACAAAAGAAGAUAGGAAUGUUUGGCAGGUGUACGUCGACAAAGGUGAAUUUGAACUGGCUAAGCAAUAUUGUAAAGACAAUCCGGCGCACAUAGACCAAGUGCUUGUAAAACAGGCGGAAAUACUUUUUAAAGAGAAAGAAUACGAGAAGAGCGCGCUAAUAUACGCGGAUACUCACUCGUCCUUCGAGGAAAUAUCAUUGAAGUUUCUACAAGAAUGGCAGAUCGAAGCCUUGAAAACAUUUCUGCGCAAGAAACUCGAUGGCUUGAAGACACAAGAUAAAACACAGAUAACGAUGAUCAUAAUUUGGGUGAUAGAGCUGUUCAUGAACCAAAUGGGAAUUCUGCGGAGCAGUAACACAUCCUAUCUUCACGAUCCGCAAUAUAUAAAACUGCAGAAACAAUUCGACAGUUUUCUCGCCAAUCCCAAAGUCGAGGAAUGCAUCAGAAGAAAUCGCACGACGAUAUACGACUUGAUGGCCAGUCACGGUGAUAAAGACAAUCUGAUACGUUUGACAAUAAUGCACUGCAACUACGAGGAAGUAAUCCGCCAACAUCUGUACAAGAAUAACUACUUGGAGGCGCUUGGAGUGCUCAAGAGCCAGAUCAACCAAGAUCUUUUCUAUCAAUUCGCCGGCAUUCUGCUUCAGGAGUUGCCGCGGCCCACAGUUGCCGCUUUGAUCUCACAGGGAUCGUCAUUGGAGCCAACAAAACUUCUACCGGCUCUGAUUUCAUGCAACAGUGAUGACAAGCACGCGAAAGAGAUUAUUAAAUACCUGGAGUUUUGUGUAUAUAAGCAGGGCUCGCAAGAGCAAGCGAUUCAUAACUUUCUUCUGUCUUUGUACGCACGUUACAAACAAGACGAAGUAAUGCGAUAUAUAAGCUCUCAAGGUCAAGAUGUCAGCAUGGUGCACUACGAUGUGCAUUACGCGUUACGAUUGUGUCAGGAAGUAGGUCUGACGGAAGCCUGCGUGCAAUUGUCGGCUUUGCUCGGUUUAUGGACCACCGCCGUCGAUCUUGCCCUUACGAUUAGCGUGGACCUCGCCAAGCAAAUCGCAGCCAUGCCGUCUGAUCACGAUGACGAGUUGAGAAAGAAACUCUGGUUGAAAAUAGCGGAACAUGUGGUACGAGAAAAAGACGACAUAAAACAAGCAAUGGAAUUUUUGCAACACUGCGAUUUAGUCAGGAUCGAAGAUAUUCUGCCGUUUUUUUCUGAUUUCGUUACGAUUGAUCACUUCAAAGAAGCUAUUUGCAAUUCCUUGCAGGAGUAUAACCAACAUAUUCAGGAUCUUAAGGAAGAAAUGCAGGAAGCCACAAAGGCGGCAGAGUUAAUAAGAAAAGAUAUUCAGGCUUUCAGAACCAGAUGUACCUUUGUGCACGCAAGAGAUACAUGCAACACAUGCGAGGUGCAAUUGCUUUUGAGGCCUUUUUAUGUAUUUCCUUGCGGACAUAAAUUUCACAGCGAUUGUUUGGUGGCGGCAUUAACGCCCAUGUUGUCUAUGGACCAGAGGACAAAGUUGGCGGAUCUUCAGCGACAACUUACUCUCAUUUCGAAUCGACCUGAAGACACUACUUCGAUGACUUCCGUGUCUUUGUCAACGAGAGAUCAAAUCAAGGCCGACAUCGAUGAACUAGUGGCUUCCGAGUGCCUCUAUUGCGGAGAACUUAUGAUAGAGUCGAUAGAUAAGCCAUUCAUUGAGGAGGAGGAUUACGAACGCGUGAUGAAAGAGUGGACGUGAUAAAAUUUCCGCGGAACAUAUGUAAUAG